UGGUUGUCCUUACUCCAUUUGUCCACAGACACGCCCAGACUUUACUGGUAUUCAGACUCAACCACUAUGAUGAGUUGUUAUUAGACACAACUUUAGAAAACACAAUGGAGACGCAGGAGGCUUCUGGGAGCGAAGACUGUCCUUUCUGCCAAAUAGUGACCAACCAGGCUGACACUGAAGUACUACUGAGCGACGAUGAGCUGCUCUGUUUUCGUGACACGAAGCCUGCAGCCACACAUCACUACCUUGUUGUUCCCAGGACGCACAUCGACAACUGCAAAUGUCUCCAGGGUGAGGACAUACCUCUAGUGGAGCGGAUGGUAGAAAUGGGAAGGAGUAUACUGGAGAAGAAUAAAAUCAGCAACCUGGAUGACAUCAGGCUGGGAUUUCAUGUGCCUCCAUUCUCAUCUGUUCCCCACCUCCACCUGCACAUUCUUGCUCCAGCCAGUCAGAUGGACUUCAAGUCGCAGCUUCGCUACGGGCCGCAAUCUCACUGGUUCAUCACAGUCGACAAAGUGCUUUCUCAGUUGAGGACUCGCGGCAAGGUCAAAUGAAGAGAUACAACGAGUCUGAAGGUGCAACAGUCUUCUUUUUAUGUUGACGGGUUAUUUAUUGUAAUCCCGCUUCACUGAGUGCAAUUUUAAAUCAGUUUUCUAUCUGACUUGACAUUUUCUUUAUUAAUGAGUUACAGUAUAAUGGUGUAUAUUCCUCCAUGCUGCUUGAUGAUUCAGUUGUGAAGAAAAGAGGAAAAAGAGAUUGACUAAGAUUUUUUUAAUAAUGCAUUCUAUCAAAUGUCAUGUUGGGCAAUGAGGAGAGAAUUACUGCAUUUAGGAUAUUUAUUAUUUAUUUAAAUUCAAACUUUGAAGACUAACUUGAAAAUGGAUAACGCAUAUCUUGUGACAGUUUUAAAAUCACAUAUAACAAAUCAUUUAAUUGUACUUUUUUUUUACCAUUAAUCAUUUUUUGUUUGUAUGUUUACUUGUCUGUUUGUGAUUUUGAAGUGGAUCAAUUGAAACAGCUGCUUAUACCUUUGGUAUCUUGUGUCACAACUUAUCUGAUGCACUGGGGUACAAUCUGUCUUUUAAUAUUAAUAUAAUAUAUAUGAUUUUAAUAAACAAUCUCGUCAGUUCUUUCUUUGA